AUGCUUAUCAUGUACAAGUAAUAGUAGUAUUAGUAUUUGUUUGUACGUGUUACAUUUUGUUGUCCGAUGGUGUAGGAUAGGACACCCAAAAGAAUCUCAUCAACAACAUGACAGGAAAGGACGAGUUUGUUUCUUACUCGCCCCUUCCCUCCAACCCUAACCCCAACCCUUAUUCCUAUCCUUACCCACAACAAAACGUCGUCGUUCUCCUUCCCUCCUACCGUCCUCGUUCCCGCCACCAUCACCACCGCACCUGUCUCAUCUACUCCGCCGCACUCCUCCUCACCCUCCUCAUCGCCGCCGGAAUCUUCAUCCUCUAUCCAUCCGACCCGGAGAUUCGCCUCGUCCGCAUCCGAAUCAACCACAUCGGAAUCCGAACCAAUCCUAAACCGAUUCUGGACCUAUCGUUUUCCCUCACAGUGAAGGUUCGUAACAGAGACUUCUUCUCCCUUACAUACGAUUCCCUUGUUGUUUCCGUCGGGUACCGUGGUCGUCAGCUAGGGUUGGUUUCCUCCGUCGGCGGUGCUCGGAUUAAGGCGCGUGGAUCUUCUUAUGUCGACGUUGUGCUAUCCGUUGAUGGAUUUGAAGUUAUCUAUGAUGCUUUUUAUCUGCUUCAAGAUAUCGCGAAAGGCGUGAUUCCGUUGGAGACUGAUACGCGUGUUGAUGGGAAAUUAGGGCUUCUCUUCUUCGAUGUUCCUUUGAAGGCAACGGUGUCGUGUGCGGUGUAUGUGAAUUUAAACAAGCAGACAGUUGUACGGCAAGACUGCUAUCCUGAGUCCCUGGGUGAUACACUGGAUCGGAACAUAAGUAUUGCAGCCGGAGAGACACCGUGAUUUUUAAACCUUUAGCAUCAUUUAUUUUUACAGAGGUGUUGGUGUUCUUCUCAUUGCGUUAAUAUUUGUAUGCCCAUUUGCCGUUCGAUUGUAUAUGCAUCACACAUCCUUGUAAAUUCUGGUUGAAUUAAGACCACAAGCAUCCUGUAUCUAAUGCGGUAAAAUUAAUGAUCAUAAACCACGUGGUUAAUUCAUUA